GAGACCCGGGGGGCGGGAGGAGAAUUAAUGAAUUAAACAGUACUGAGGCGCUGAAAGUACGUAUUUUCAUCAACAAUGAAAGGCAGGACUGAGACGAGAGGAGAAAGUUGUCAGAUAGAGCUGCAAACAAAACUUUUUGAGGAGUUCCACUUAAAACAAGACGAGUCAAAAAGAGAGCGAGGAGGAUAGAGAGAGAGAGGGAGAUAGACAGAGGAGGGCAUUACAUAAUAAAUCGGUAACAUUCGACCGGGACCGGAACUGACUGACACUUAACUAACUAAUUGCUAUAGUAUCGGACCGAUUAUAUAGACUAUAGACUAUAUAUAUAUUUUUUUUAACUUGACCGAUUUUGUAUAUUUGCAUAAAUAUUUAGGUGUAUAAAGCUAGGUUUUUGUUUUUUUUUAUUUAUUUAUUUAUUUUUUAAUUAUACUAACUGUUUCAAAUGUGUGUUUUUGAAUGAUAAACAUUAUGAGACCUCCGCGGCUUGUCACUCUUCUGGCGCGGAUGAUGUUGACAAAGACGCAAGGAACGCGCUUCUCUCCGUUCUGAACGCGUUCACAACUUUCGCCUCAGAUUGUUUGCUGAAAUUGGAAAACAGCAGUGACUGUUGUAAAUCACAAAGAGAGAGAGGGAGAGCUCUGCGUUCAAGUCCUCGGUGAAAAGCUAUGACCUCAGCCAUGCCCCCUUCUUCCCGUAGCUCCUCCCCACAGAAGGUCUGCCACUCCCAGACACAGACAGAUGUUCUAAAGCCACUCCUAGGUGGAGGAGGCGGGGCUUCGACAGAAAACGGACCUGCGGCAUUGAGACGCCGUCGGCGGGUGUUAUCUAAAGAUGGGCGGAGCAAUGUACGUAUCGAACACAUCAGCGGUCGAGGGACGCUUUACCUGCGUGACCUGUGGACGACCUUUCUGGACAUGCAGUGGCGUUACAAGCUUUUUCUGUUUUCUGCCACCUUCGCUGGCACCUGGUUUGUUUUUGGAGUGCUGUGGUACUUGGUGGCACUUGUGCAUGGAGAUCUACUAGAGUUCGACCCUCCAUCCAACCACACGCCGUGUGUGAUGCAGGUCCAAACCCUGACGGCAGCGUUCCUUUUCUCCCUGGAGUCACAAACUACCAUUGGUUAUGGCUUUCGCUGCAUCACAGAGGAAUGUCCUCUUGCUAUCAUUCUGCUUAUUGUCCAACUUGUCCUCACCAUGGUGAUGGAGAUCUUCAUCACUGGAACCUUCCUUGCCAAGGUAGCACGGCCGAAGAAACGUGGUGAGACGGUGAAGUUCAGUAAACAUGCUGUGGUCACCAACCAUGAAGGCCAACCAUGUCUUAUGAUCCGUGUCGCUAACAUGCGUAAGAGUCUCCUUUUGGGCUGCCAGGUAACUGGUAAGCUGCUGCAGACGUCACAGACUAAAGAGGGUGAGACAGUGCGUCUGGACCAGAGGAAUGUAGCCUUCCAAGUGGACACAUCCAGUGACAGCUCCUUCCUCAUCAUGCCCCUCACUUUCUACCACGUAAUUGAUGACAACAGCCCAAUGCGGGCCUGGGCUGCCAAAGGUGGUGGGUGGACGGAUCCGGAGCUGGCCGACUUUGAGCUGCUUGUGAUCAUGAGUGCUACCGUGGAGCCGACCUCAGCCACCUGCCAAGUCCGCACCUCCUACCUGCCCGAUGAGAUCCUGUGGGGCUACGAGUUUCCACCUGUCAUCUCCCUCUCCCCCUCUGGAAAGUAUGUAGCUGAUUUUGCCUUCUUUGACAAGGUUGCCAAGACCAAGACCAUGCCCUUUUUCAAACAAGCCCCGCCCCAGUCACCGCAACAUCAAGGCAGUGGUGGUAGAGACCAAGGGGCGGAUACGGAGAAGAUGCGAUUGGAGGAGAGUUACCAGGAGGAAAGGGGGCGGGAUAAGGGGCGUGUCCGAGACCAGCUUAGCGUCCGCGUUAGCAACGUCUAGAGAGCGAAAAACAGGUCAAUGAAUGAAUGAAUGGGGGGAUCACAUAGAGAUAAAUUGCUUGAGCACUUGUUUGAGUCAGUGUUCGCCACUUUUUUUUUUGAUGGCACUGAGCUAACCUGUUUUACAAGGUAGCGUGCCAGUAGAGUUGGCUAGUGCUGAAAUACACUGGCGUAUAAGCAUGAAAUAGAGAAGAUAAGACAGCGACUAUGUUCGGAAUAGCACACUAACAUACUACACUUGCUGUUUCUGCAGUAUAUAGUACGUAUACUGUGCAUAGCAUGCACGUUUUCUGUAAGAACAGAACACAGUGAUGAUCUACUAUGGGAAAAUUAUUGGAAAAACAUGCCUUUUCCUACACUUUUGAAAAACUCCAAAAAUAUACUUUUACAUACAACAGUUUCUAGUGGCAGUAAAGAACCAACAACUUAUAUUCCUUUUCAAACUAAUUAUGAUUGCAAGGGCAUAUUAUUGAUUGUUAAAAGCCUAUUUUCACAUGGUAACUUGCACAAUACUAUGUUAUGAGCUAAUAAGUAAUUCAUUUUUAAUGUUUGCACAUAAUAAUCACGUAGUCAGGUCCAUAAUAUGUUUUUUCUGGCUGGUAAACUUGCUCGAUAGCUCACCCGGCCCAGCACUGCACUUGCGAUACGAGUCAUGAUAAAAGAGCUCAAAGGCUUGUAGAAGCAAGAUAAAAUACCUCAGCAAAUGUGUUUCAUGUCACAUUUGCUUUUGUUAACGCUAUUGGUUGCAUUUAAGGCUGGAUUUAAUUAGAUGAUGUUAUUUUCAAACAUUCACCGGACAUUCAUUUGCGAAUUAUACAUUGCUAUAUGUACAAUUACUAAUGAAAUAAAACCUUGCCAGUUUAAUGUUCAUCUGUUGUCCACCAACUGGACAUUUCAUUUCCAAACUGCUGAGAUUCAUAGAACAACCAGCGUGAUAAAACAUUGGCAGAUCAGCGCCCCCACUGGUCAUUUCACCUUUUUACGAGUUUUUUACGAAAUGUGCAAGAAGCAACAUAAAGUCACUUUGCAGAAAUGGCGAUGCAGGCAUUUUUCCAAUGAGCCUGGUUUGCAAAUUGUGGAGAACAAAACCAGAGCACACUGUGAGGAAUACGUAUCUCACAAUGCAAUGCAAUAUUUGAUUUCAGAACCUGAAGUAAUUCAGCCACAAUUUUAUCUUUUAUCAAGCGUUGCUUACAGUGCAUUCAGACUAUAUGUUUCUAGCAUCUUGCUCAGCCAGUUGAGGAACCCAUUUUCCUGACUUUCUUUAUUUCUUAAUUAUUUAAAACUUAUCACUGAAUAAUGCACAUCGUUCCACAUGUUACUUUUAAAAAUAGUAUGCUACAUAUGAAUGCUAGUAUGCUAGUGUUCCAUUCUGGACAUAGCUGGAAUCCGUAAAUGAGAAAUACUGUAAACUACUAAACUAUUAGACCGUGUGGAAUCAAAUGAUGAUUCAACAUAGAUCUGCUGCUUUACACUUGACAAAACAUCAACAGACUCUUGUGUGAUGAACCUGCUCACUGGGAAAGACUAGUUCAUCACCUUGUGGCCAAGAAAAGCAGUGCCACAGAUUUGAGACACUUUGAGAAGAACAAUUAUUCUGUAAACUCUGAUGGACAAUACCUGAUUUUAUAAAUACAUGGAUAUCGAUCUAUUUUUGCAGAAGGAUUAUGGAUUACAAUGGAUUGGAGGGUUGCAUGUCAUUGACUGGAAAAAAAAAAUCAUAAUAUUUAAUCCACUGUACUGUACUUAAUGAUAGAGCAAAGGUACAACAUUUAGAGUGAAUAACUUGUGCGUGUCUCAUUGAGAGAGUGCACUGGAUGUGAUUUGUAUCUCUGUUUGUGUCUAACAGUGCCAGUUUAGAGCUAUUUUGGGUAAAGAUCUAGUUUUUUUCCCCCAUAGUUGAUCUUUUGUCACUGGAAUAAACAUGAUGUUUGUUAACAAUACUAAAAGCACUUUAACUCGAGGAGGAGGCUUUAUUUUUGAUAUUUUGUUUGGGUCCAACUCAACUGUUCAUGGCCUUUUAUAUGUGAAGAUUAUGACGAAGAGUGAUAGAAUGUAUUUUGAAAUAUAGUAAUUGUCAAGUCAAUGUGCCUAUGAAUCAACAACAACAAUAAUAGUAAUAAUACAUUAGAGCUGUUUAUUAAGUCAAGAACCACUGUUACCGUGGUAAAUUACUGUUGUUCAUGCAUUGUGUUAUUUUGAGUGAACAAACUCCUCAUUAUACAGAUUACUGAGGGGAAUGUAAUUAUUUUUUUUUAUUAUUAUUAUUUUUAUGAGAGAUCUGAUAUAAACUUUUCAACUUGCAGGUGAUAUAAACCACUUAAAACACUAUUAUUAUUAUUAUUAUUAUUAUUAUUCAAUUUAUGUUGUUGAAAAAGAAUGAUUGGUUUCAUCUUUAUUGCGUUCUGCCUGUCUUAAACUGUGGCUGUAAGGAAACACCUGUUUCAUGAAUUUCCUUUUGUGUUUAGUCACUUUCAGAACUGGACUUUCAUCACUUUAACAGCUAAUGAUCUCAAAUGUCUGUUUUUAAUAAAUGAGAAGUUUUGAA